AAAAUCUCGCGAGAUAUUACGGGAUCAAAAAUUCUUGCCACAUCUUUUCCAGAUUAUUUAAUUUUUGUGGUUUUACCGAACUUGUGGUAGCUUUCGAGCAUAAAAGGCGUCUAAUAUCACUGAUGGCGGAACAAAACCAGUUCCUUCAGGACUAGGUCACAGCAAUUAAUCUAUUCUGGAGGGUAUCAAUAGAGACUAAAAGAACUGUUUAUGGUGUAAUGAACAUAAAUACAAGUUAAUCAUUCAAGUAUCAAAAUGGUGUUAGCAGAUUUAGGACGGAAGAUUACAACCGCAUUGCGGUCAUUGAGCAAUGCCACUAUCAUCAAUGAAGAGGUGCUCAACUCUAUGCUGAAGGAGAUAUGUAAAGCCCUUCUAGAAGCAGAUGUGAAUAUUAAACUAGUCAAACAAUUACGUGAAAAUGUCAGGUCUGUUAUUGACUUUGAUGAAAUGGCUGCUGGUCUCAACAAAAGGCGGAUGAUACAAUCAGCAGUAUUCAAGGAACUUGUUAAACUUAUAGAUCCAGGAAUCAAAGCAUGGACACCAACCAAAGGGAAGAAUAAUGUCAUUAUGUUCGUUGGUCUUCAGGGGAGUGGAAAAACAACCACUUGUACAAAGUUAGCAUAUUAUUACAUGAAGAAAGGCUGGAAGACCUGCUUGAUCUGCGCAGAUACAUUCAGAGCAGGUGCCUUUGACCAGCUGAAACAGAAUGCAACAAAAGCUAGAAUUCCUUUUUAUGGAAGUUACACAGAGCCAGAUCCUGUGGUGAUAGCCCAAGAGGGAGUAGAGAAGUUCAAGGAUGAGGGAUUUGAGAUCAUCAUUGUUGAUACCAGUGGCAGACAUAAGCAAGAAGACUCCCUGUUUGAAGAGAUGUUGCAAGUUUCAAAUGUCACCAGCCCAGACAACACAGUGUUCGUCAUGGAUGCAUCUAUAGGACAGGCCUGUGAGAACCAAGCAAAAGCUUUCAAAGAAAAAGUAGAUGUUGCAUCUGUUAUUAUUACAAAAUUAGAUGGUCACGCGAAGGGAGGUGGUGCUCUCAGUGCUGUAGCAGCAACUCGAAGUCCAGUGAUAUUUAUUGGAACUGGGGAACACAUAGAUGACUUUGAACCAUUUAAAGUACAGCCUUUUGUCAGUAAACUUUUAGGUAUGGGAGAUAUAGAAGGCCUCAUAGACAAAGUAAAUGAACUCAAACUCGAUGACAACGAGGAGCUCAUGAAGAAACUGAGACAUGGUCAGUUUACACUGAGAGACAUGUACGAACAGUUUCAAAAUAUCAUGAAAAUGGGGCCUUUCAGUCAAAUUAUGGGCAUGAUCCCAGGGUUCAGCAGUGACUUUAUGACAAAGGGUAAUGAACAGGAGUCCAUGUCACGACUAAAAAAACUAAUGACAAUAAUGGACAGUAUGAAUGACCAAGAGUUGGACAGCUCAGAGGGUGCCAAACUAUUCUCUAGACAGACAGGGAGGAUUGCCAGGGUGGCUAGGGGGGCAGGAGUGUCCCAGCGUGAGGUUCAGGAGCUCUUGGCCCAAUACUCAAAGUUUGCUCAGAUGGUGAAAAAGAUGGGAGGAAUCAAAGGCCUUUUUAAAGGUAAUAAAGGUGGAGAUAUGGCCAAGAAUGUAAAUCCAGCCCAGAUGGCUAAGUUGAACACCCAGAUGGCCCGCAUGAUGGACCCAAGAGUGCUACAACAAAUGGGUGGUAUGUCGGGCUUGCAAAAUAUGAUGAAACAGUUCCAGGCUGGAGCGGGGGGCAAGAUGGCAAAUAUGUUCGGUGGAAUGGGAGAAUGAUGAACCCUUUCCUUAUAGCUUUAUACAAUAGGAUGUCUUCUAUUCUUUGGACAUAACAUGGCGUCCUUUACCUUAUUUGUGUAUCAGACAAUGUAUAUGAUGUCAUUUGUCAUAUUGGUGUAUCAGACAAUGUCCAUGGUGUCAUUUACAUUAUUGGUGUAUCAGACAACAUUGUUACGACUUUGAGUAAGGACUAAAUAUUGUGACCUGGCAAUAGAAGAUCAUUCACAACUACACCUAGACAGACAUCCAAAUGUGUGUCAAUUUAAACAGGAUUACUUUACCUACCUAUUCCAUGAAUCAAAAAAUUGAGACUCAUCUAUCAUCGUGAUUUUCAUCAUCAUAAAGUGAAGUGUGCUAUUUUACUAUACUGCACAGUUCAGUAUAUUAUUUUCCUAAUUUAAUCGUAAAGUUC